CUUGGAGGACUUGUCAUCUGUUUCUGGCGGCGCCAUGCUAGGGCGGCGCCGGGCAGGUCUGACGUGAGGCGUCAGCAACCAGCUGGGUGCGCAGUCGCGGAUGGUUUGGUUCUCGAGUGCUUGGUGAUUAGGCAGCAGGAGAUGUCGGGCCUCUUUGCUAGGUUUAAUUCCUUCAAAAGGAUUAAUAUCACACUGCAUCAUUUGAGAAUGAGUAACCACACAGAUGCAGAACAAGAAGUACUAUUGGAAAGAAAAGGUUGUGCAGGAGUGAUAACACUGAACAGACCAAAGAACCUAAAUGCAUUGAAUCUGAAUAUGAUCCGGCAAAUUUAUCCACAGUUAAAGAAGUGGGAACAAGAUCCUGAAACUUUCCUGAUCAUUAUAAAGGGAGCUGGUGCAAAGGCUUUUUGUGCUGGGGGUGAUAUCAUAGAAAUUGUAAAGGGAAACCAGAAGAUAUCUCAGAAUUUCUUCAGAGAAGAAUAUAUGCUAAACAAUGCCAUUGGUUCUUGCCAGAAACCAUAUGUUGCAUUUAUUCAUGGAAUUACAAUGGGUGGGGGAGUUGGAGUCUCGAUUCAUGGGCACUUCCGAGUGGCUACUGAAAAGUCUCUUUUUGCAAUGCCAGAAACUGCAAUAGGACUAUUCCCUGAUGUUGGUGGAGGUUAUUUUUUGCCAAGACUUCAAGGAAAACUUGGUUACUUACUUGCAUUAACAGGAUUCAGGCUGAAAGGAAGAGAUGUGUAUGCAGCAGGGAUUGCUACACACUUUGUAGAUUCUGAAAAGUUGGGCAUGUUAGAAGAAGAUUUGUUAGCCCUGAAAUCUCCUUCAAAAGAAAAUAUUGCAGAUGUCUUAGAAACAUACCAUACAAAGUCCAAGAUUGAUCAAGGCAAGUCUUUCGUACUUGAGGAACACAUGGACAAAAUAAACAGUUGGUUCUCCGCCAAUACUGUGGAACAGAUUAUUGAAAAUUUACAGCGGGAUGGUUCAUCUUUUGCCCUAGAGCAGUUAAAGGUAAUUAAUAAAAUGUCUCCAACAUCUCUAAAGAUCACAUUAAGGCAACUCAUAGAGGGGUCUUCAAAGACCUUGCAAGAAGUAUUAACUAUGGAAUAUCGGCUGAGUCAAGCUUGUAUGAGAGGACAUGACUUUCAUGAAGGCGUUAGGGCAGUUUUAAUAGAUAAAAACCAGAGUCCAAAGUGGAAACCAGCCACUCUAAAAGAAGUUACUGAUGAAGACUUAAAUAAUUUCUUCAAAUCUCUGGGAAGCAAUGAUUUGAAAUUUUGAAGUGACUGGACUUGGAAGGUUCUUUGUCGCGCUGGUGGCCUCUCACCUGGCCCUCUACUGGAUCCAGGGGUUGGGCUCAUGUCCAUGUGGUAAAUUGCUGCUGUGUCCCUUCCCUCAGUUGAAAACACUGGGAGCUUGUUUGUGCAGUGCGUCUUCUGAUGGAGUUUGGCAUCAGUGCCAUUUCUUGGGCUCGCUUUUCCUGGUUUUCCUCUCCCUUACUCUUUGGCCAUUAUUCUUAUUUCAUCUGUGUUUGUGAUAUGAGUUGGAAGAAAUGUUUCCCUUCCCAGUAACUAAUAAUUCUUUCAGUCUUCUGUUUUAUAUGUCUCUCCCUGAAACAGUCGUUUUACUUUUAUUGCUCAUGCAAGACCUUUAAAAUGAAAUAUGUCCAACAAUGUUUAAAUAUGAAGAUAGGAAAGAAGCUGAAUAUCCUAUUAAAGAUGUUAUCUUUCUUAUCAUCAAGGCCAAACUAUAUCUUGAUUGA